UGCAGAGUUACAGUGAAGGAAACGGAGCUGAAGUUAAAACGCGUUAUUCAUGUUUGUCUUCUAAUACAUGAGAGAGAGAGAGAGAGAGAGAGAGAGAGAGAGAGACGCUGAAACGGUCAGCUUUCACUAAAUAAAUACAGGUACAUUAUCUGAUGUGGUUUUCUGUCAGACGUCACUGGUGUUUUGUGGCUUUUCCUCAGCUCACUGAUCCUCUACAUGUCGAAGACGUCUGACGCCUCCAACAUUACACAUGAUCAUGUGUACAGUGUGUAAUAACACACCAACACACCAGACCAGUUUAUAUCCAGUGUGUCCAGCUUUGGCACUCAGUACAUUUACGGAGGUCUCUCAUUACUGUGAGAACAACCGAUUCUGAACUGAAGACGUAAUAAAUAUCAUUUAAAAAGAUAAAGUUGAUUAGCAAUAAUUCAGAUGGAUUCCUACAAUAUCCACUUUGAGAAGAUGAGCAACUUUGACCUUCAUCCUCUUAGUCAACAUUCUUCAUCCAAGUCCAGCAGCAGUAUUGAUCAGUACACACACCAUCACGGCAAAGGAGAUUCUGCAUACAGCUCUUUUUCUGGAGGAUCCACAGCCCCUGAUUAUCCUUCACCCUUUUCAGCUGAUGAUUUACACCAACAGAACCUUCAUUACGCUGAUCUGAGGUAUGUGAAGGCCAUGUACGGUCCCAGCAUUCUCCACUCUCAUACCAAAAGCGUAUCUGAAGACCAACACCAUCACAGCCAUGAUGGAUGUUCUCACGUCAAAGAUCCUCCAGUGCCUAUAACCCAUUUACCUCCUCCUCCACCUCUGCCCCCACCACCUCUAACUCCACCACCACCACCUUCAUGUCCACCUCCACCACCACCGCUUGACUAUUUAGACAGUUUCAUAACAGCUAAGAAACAUGAACCAUCAGUGAUGAGUCUUGAGGGUCAGUUUUCUAACGUUUCCUCCUUUAGGCACCAGACUUCUAAUUCUGAAAUCUUGGGAUCCAAACCUGACCUUGUUUAUGAUAACUGGGUUCCUCAGAAUUAUGAGAGAAAGCAAAACCUUGUGGAGAAGACUCCAGAUUUGAAGUUAGAAUCCAGAUUUGUUCGAUCUCCGCUACAGACGUGGCAGCCAGAACAUUUACAGCAGAACAUGGAGAAGCAGUCAGACCACAGUAGGUCACAUUCAGAGAGCGGGGUUUCAGUCGGAGAGAAACAACACACAGUCAACUCCUGGCACGUGGCACAAAACACAGUCACUGGAAGUAUUCAGCACAAAGGACAGUUUUAUUUUGUCACUGGUGUGUACAAAUCAUGUGAGUCUGGUGUUCCUCCAGCACCACAAUAUCCCAUAGACAUCAUCGAGACUCACACAUCAGCUGAAAUACAGAGAUCACAUAACACUGUGGAGGACAUGUUUAAACACGUUCCUCUGAGGAAACAGGGCAGUGGAGAGAUCUUCUUCCAAGAGAAACAAUGUAUCACACCAAAUGGACAUGAGGAACCUUCAGGUAGCCAUCAUUUCUCAAAACCUCAAAAUGUUGGUGAUUUGGAACACAUGAGCAUGGAUGUGGGCAGAUGCCACACCCAAAAUCACCCAAUCUUCUACUGUGGUCCAGAGGACAACUUCUCAACAUCAUCUCAACAUAAACCUGUGACUUCUGCCUUCAGUGUUUUAGACCAAAAUAUUCAUUUAAAACAAGAGGAACCUGUGAAUAAACUAACAAGACAAGCCAUUGCUGAUGUGCCCACAGAGAAGAUCAGCAAAGAGACAACUCCUCUACUGUAUCAUCUCACAGGAGCCAGCAGAGCCAACGUUAAGAAGAGCGUAAAAAGGGACAGAAACUCUACUGUGGGAUGCAAGGAAUCAGACUGGAGUAAAGAUCAUCAGGAAGCAGGACGAGAGUCAGGUGGUCACUCUGAGCACAACAGUGAAGUGGCAAAAGAGGAAAAGUCGAAAGAGUUUUAUUAUCUGUGCAACACCAUGGACGAUUCCUUCAAAAAAUAUUAUAAAGAAAAGCUUAAAGAUGCACAAACCAAGGUUUUGAGAGAGACUUCAUUCAAAAGAAAAGAUCUCAGACUCUCUUGGCAAAAGAUGAUUGAGCACUUCUGUGAUAAGAAGCUCUCUGACGUACCUUCAGGGACUCCUUCACAAGAAAACCCCAAUCCAGCUCAUCUGCUCACGCUUCAGAACGCAGAUUCUCUGAAUAACACAAACCACGAGAUGAAGAAAGAGACGGUGAAGCAGCAGAACAUCGCUCAGCCUCAGGUGCCUCGAGUUGGCUGUAGGAAACGUCUGACCAUAGGACAGAAGAAACUCUCCAACUCUGAGCCAGAAAAGCUCCACCAUCUGGGAGAAGGACCGACGCAUGUGACCUGCCGUUCCCUUGGCAGUGAGAGAGAAGGGCUGCUCUCUGAAGAGUAUCUUGUCCAGCACGGUCUGGUCGCAGUCAGACGUAAGAUGUUUGAGGUGAGAGGGCGUGCAAUGUCUGCUUGCAGCAUCUCCAAGAGCUCUCUGAAGCACCUUCAGCAGAAGGCCUUGGUAGCGUAUAUGGAACGUAAAACUGGCUGCAAGGUGGCGGAGCCUCAGCAGGCAUCUCCGCAGGUUCUCACAGCAGGAAGACAUUCUGACUGGGCUUCAAAACCUUACACAGGAUCCAAAGAGAAGCCGCUGAGGCCGCAGUCUGCUAGUCGUGUUCUUGAUUCAGGGUCCAUCGUACACACCCUGUCCACCUCUGUGCACCACGGAGACCACCUUCAGCAGUCCAGCUGGAGAGAACGACCAUCACCUCCGUCAGGGAAGUCUGCCUCUAUGGAUGAUCUGCUGGAAGCACGAGAGCAACCUCGCUCUUGCAGAAGCUCUUCGUCACCUCAUUCCUCUUACCAGAUCCAGAAACGUGUAGACUCGUUUACUCAUGACAAACGUAUCUCAGGAGCAGAGAUUAGAACAGAAGGAGAGAGACCAGUUUGUAAGGAGUAUACAGCGUCUGUGGUGGAGCAGAAGAGGGUCCGAAUGGUGGCAUCCAGGGGGAAAUCGAUGGAGGAGCUUGGAAGGUCGGUGGUUUCCAGGCCUAAAGUUCUCAGCAAAAGCACAGAUCACUUGAAUCAGGUCCAGAUGUCAGACAGGGAGAAGGGGAACAGCAGUAAGCAGCACUACUCAUCUGAUGACCUUCAGGUCAGACCUGAGUCCAGGACUUCUAAAGAACCAGGCUCAUUAGAACACACACCUACAUCUACAGCAGGCAGCUCCUGUGUCAGAACAUCUCCUCUAUCGUUUAAAGAAGGCAACGUCACAGCUUCAUCCAGUUCUCCCAGAGGAACCAGUGAGAAUAAUCUGAUGGACAGCAAAAGUAAGGCGGUUCCUGAAGAAACCUUCCUAAUGAAGGGUGAAAUGUUACAUGAAGACGAGAAUGAUGUCCACUCUGUUGAUGAAGUCUUUCUCAGCUACGGGAUCACAACUGACGCCAGUCUGUGGCUUUUAUCACCAGAGACGUGUGAUGAGAAAACACACGAGGAAGAAGCUUCUCAUCAUUCAGUCCCUCAUCAUCUUCAUAUUCAGCCUGCUGAGUAUGGCAAGAGAGGCUCUGUGUCAGGGUGUGUACAGCUAGCAGCGACUUCUGCCCCUGCCCCUGCCCCUGCCCCUCCCCCUCCACCUACAUUGGAUGGAGCUCGGGAAUGGAAGAAGAAGGUAGAAAGCAAGUGUUCUGUGGACCAGGCUCGGUGGGAGACAUUGGUUCAGGAAGUGGUCACAGCAGACCAGUCAUUAGCUUGCAUUCUGUAUCCUGUCGCUAAUCGGAAGACAGCCAUAAUGCUAAUGGAGCAGAUGUUAUCUGAAGACAAUCUCUUGAUGGAAGAUCACUAUAAGAAGAAGCAGGAGCAGAAGGUUACCUCACUGGAGCAGAAUACCUUCAGGACGUCUGCUGCUGAUGAUGAUGAUGAUGAUGAUGAUGAUGAAGUCAGCGGCUCUUCAACACCACAUGACUGCACGAUUCCUCUGACUGCACAACAUCCUGCGCUGUACAGUACAGGAGCCAACGUCACAGAGAAGAAGAGGCAGCUGAUGGCUCACAUUGAGGAGCAGCUGAAGUCUCUGGAAGGAUUGCGCUCGACCCUGCGAGGUGAGGAGAUGGAAGUUGGACUUCUGGGUAAUUCUCUGGAGGCUCUGGUGCAAGAGAGAUGUUCACCUGCAGAGCUGGAAAGAUUCACACAGUUCAUUGAAGACCUGGAGCGUGUCAUCAGCCUGCUGUUGUGUCUGUCAGCACGUCUGGCUCGUGUGGAGAACGCUCUGAGCACCGUGGAUGAGAACAUGGACUCUGAGGAGAAGGAAUCGCUGCUUAGCAGACAUCAGCUCCUGUGUAAACAGAGGGAAGAUGCCAAGGACCUGAAGGACAACCUGGAGCGGCGUGAGCGCAUGGUCUCCACGUUCCUGGCCAAACACCUGACGGAGGUCCAACUGCAGAAGUACCGGCGCUUCAUCCAGUACAAAGCCUCGCUCCUCAUCCACCAGAAAGCCCUGGAGGAAAAGCAGCGGCUCUGGGAGGAGCAGCUCGAGGCUCUUCUCAACAGCAUUCCUCCAUGAACCGCAGAAUUUUAUCCUCCAUCACUGUCAAUAAAUUCCUAACAUUCUGUGUCAUUUGUGGAUGAAGCCACGUGUGAAACUAUCAUAUAAACUCUCUGAUCAGUAAUAUUGUCCUAAAGCAACAAAUAAUCGAGACACUUUUACAGACGUUCUAAAGCACAAACCGUCUGCUGUUGAGUCCGAGUUAGUCGCUGAGCUGCUGACGGCAAAACAGGAAAAAGAGAAAUCUUUAUACCCAUAGUGUCUGUUAAGUGAUAUUAUGUGUGUGUGUGUGUGUGUGUGUGUGUGUGUGUGUGUGUGUGUGUGAGUGUGUGUGUGUUUGGGGGGGUGUGAGAGCACUAAUCGCCCUGUAAAUGAUUCCGUUUCCUGUUUAAUUUAUUUUAGUCACUCAAAGUGAAAACCAAAACUAUGAAAAGCACUUUGUUACUUUUGUUCUUUCACAUUUCUAAUUUCUAAUGUAACAAAAUACAUUUACUAACAUUUAUUUAUUUUAUUGAUAUUAAGUCCUAAUGAUUACUGCUGACCUUUAAAUGUUCUCUAAUGUUCAUUUUUUUUAGUUCAGACUCCUUUAGUUUUAGUUGAUCACUUCUUCAGAUGUGACAUUUAUAACAGACUCCAUGUUAAAGACUCGAUCUAACAGCAGUGACGGGGGACUGAAGCUAAUAACAUCAGGAGAGGUUUGGACUCUUAUUGCACUCGGGUCAAACACAGCUUCCUUCCUGUUUUAACAUGAAACCAAACCGUGUGUGUGUGUGUGUGUGUGUGUGUGUGUGUGAGAGAGAGAGAGAGACUUGUACAGUUCUGCUUGAACACUGACUAUAGAUUAGGUUCAUAUUUAUGAAUGAAACAUCAGAAUGAAGAUAAAAUCUCUGUCUUCAGGAGUCUCACUACACUCGUGUUCUCUGAGGAAUCUUCUGAACUAAAAGAAAAUUGUGUCUUAUGACGAUGAAUAAUUUGUUCCUGAGUGUUUUGUGUUACUUUGUGUUAUUUCCCUCCUGAUACUGUUUUAAGAAAUUUCUCUCUCUUACUUCUUUUGCCUUUUACUUGUUUAUUUUUCACUUUUCCAAAAGCGCUCACUUCAGUUUGUUUGGUUUUUAUGUCCUGGUGUUGAAGCAGUUUGAAAAUUGAGGCAUUACAGAUGAAUUUCUCUCACGUGUCGCACUAAACUGAAGAGUUUGCUGUUUGUGUUGCAUAAACACAUGCGGGUUUGUUGUGGUUUGUGUGUCGUUUGUCCUCUAGAGGUUACGUGCAUCUUUCCCUGUUGCAGGUUUGUGUUUGUGGCUUUAAGAAACUUUUUUUAGUGAGUUUUGCUAAAGACUAACAGAGUUUCCACAAAAACACAGCAGCUGAGUGUCACAUUCCUGUGUGUGAGACUCCUGAGUCUGUUUCCUGUCCUGUACACGGCAGCUGCAGCGUCUUUCUCCUGUCACUUCACCACCAUUAGAAUCUGCUUUAUUAUUUACUGAUGUACAAAAAGAAGCAGAAAGAAUCAGGAAUCAAACUCAAUACAAAGUAGCUACAGACCGUCGUGAAGAAGAUCAUCAUCAUCAUCAUCAUCGUAUCAGAUGAUCUUUGUUUUCAACGCCUCAUAAAAUAUCACAGGUGAUGAACCCUGAGAAACUCCUUCACAUGGAAACUUUAGGACUUUUCUGUUAGACUUUUCUGACUGCAUCACAUUGUACUGAACUUCACUUGUACAUUCAUUUUAAAACUCUUCUCCUGAAUCCUGCCAUCACGCAAAAGUGAAGAAGGAGAAAAAGAUUUAAUGGUUUCAUCUCCAGUUAAACAUCAGAGCUUUGAUUUAAAGAAACUGCUGUUCAGAAAUGUGCUGAACUUCACUCAGUAUGUGAUUCAUAAAAAUAAUAAAUCUGGAUGUCACAUUGGUGCAGAGGGACAGUGUGUGUGUGUGUGUGUGUGUGUGUGUGUGUGUGUGUGUGUGUGUGUGGCACUGUAACUGACUGGUGUUCCAUCAGGGCAGUAUUAUUCCCACCUCAGGCCCAGAUUGCUGGGACUGACUCACACUCCUGAGCAGGAUGAACUAUAAAUGAUAAUAAAUGCCUUCUAAUCACUUAA